CUGUCAGUUAUAUUCAAUGAAAAUCGGGUGGAGGCCGUCAUUUUAGUUAAAAAAAAUAAAAUCAAUUCUGUUCAUUGUUCAUUCGCAAUCGUCAUUUUCCGAGGAAUUGAAAUUCAUAUGUGAAAAAAGAUUCUGAUAAUGUUCGCCUCCAUUCCCAGAUCAUUGUUAUGCUGUUCUAACGCUAUAGUCCCGAAUCGGGCGGUUGCGUUAGCGCUAGCAAAAUGUCCUAUGUUCGAUGCUUCGUCGUUACUUUGCCGGGAGUACCAUGAAGUCACCGGCAGUAUUCUCUGCCCUAAUGUUAUUCGUGGUAUCGAUCAUAUGCGAGACCCCCGGUUAAAUAAGGGCCUCGCCUUCACGUUAGAAGAGCGUCAAGCCCUAGGACUCCACGGCCUCCUGGCUGCCACGUUUAAAACACAAGAGGAACAACUUUAUAUCUGCCGGAUAUCAGUGGACCGUUAUGAAGAAAAUCUCAAUAAAUAUCUCUACCUCGUCGAGUUACAGGAUAGAAACGAGAAAUUGUUCUUUAGACUUCUGGCGGAAAAUGUUGAGAAGUAUCUGCCAAUUGUGUACACACCAACAGUGGGAUUGGCUUGCCAAAAAUUUGGUCUCAUCUACAGGAGGCCUAGGGGUCUUUUUAUCACUAUCAAUGACAAAGGACAUAUAUUUGAAAUUCUCAAAAAUUGGCCAGAACCUGAUGUUCGCGCUAUUGUGUUCACUGACGGCGAGCGAAUUCUUGGCUUGGGUGACUUGGGCGCAUACGGAAUGGGUAUUCCCGUAGGCAAGCUUUCCUUGUAUACCGCGUUGGCAGGUAUCAAACCCCACCAAUGUUUACCUAUUACAUUGGACGUUGGUACGAACAAUCAGGAUCUGUUGGAAGACCCGCUGUAUAUUGGUUUGAGGCAAAAGAGGACUCGAGGAAAGGAAUAUGACGACUUCAUGGAUGAGUUUAUGGAAGCCUGUGUGAUGAGAUACGGCCAAAACACGCUGUUGCAAUUCGAAGACUUCGCCUUACCGAAUGCCGGACGACUGCUAUCGAAGUAUCGGAACAAGUACUGCACUUUCAACGACGACAUCCAAGGCACCGCCAGCGUCGCCGUGGCCGGACUAAUGGCCGCCGUGAGGGUGACCAAGAGAAAGCUCAGUGAGAAUAUUUAUCUGUUCCUUGGUGCUGGCUCCGCUGCUGGCGGCAUUGCGGGUCUGACGGUUUCCGCGAUGAUGGCCGAAGGUUUAUCGGAGCGACAGGCCAGGGAUAGAGUAUUCAUGUUCGAUAUUAACGGAUUACUGUCGACCCGUCGGGAAGGCGGCGUGCCGGAUUAUGCCACGCAAUUUGGGAAGGAUAUCGAGCCAGAAUCGAACUUUGAGGCGUGCAUUGCUAAAAUAAAACCGAGCUGUUUGAUUGGUUGUUCGACUGUUGGCGGUGCUUUCACUCCUAAUGUGUUGCAGCAGAUGGCUAAGAACACGGAAAGACCUAUUAUUUUCGCCCUCUCCAACCCCACCAGUAAAGCUGAGUGUACGGCGCAAGCAGCUUAUGACUAUACUGAAGGUCGUUGCAUAUUCGCGUCGGGCUCCCCGUUCCCGCCCGUGAAUUACAAUGGCAAAGAAUACCUGCCGGGCCAAGGCAACAACGCUUACAUAUUCCCCGGCAUAGCGCUCGGCGUCAUCGCCACCGCCACCCAUCAUAUACCGGAGACUAUGUUCCUCACUGCCGCUAAGACUCUUGCGGAUUACGUUAGCGAGGAAGAUUUAGCUAUGGGUCGUAUUUACCCCUCCCUGGCAGAUGUUAGAGAUGUCUCCCUCGCUAUUGCUGUCAAUGUCGCCAAGUUGGCAUACGACGAAGGUUUGGCUUCACUAUACCCCGAGCCCAAGGAUCUGGCUCACCACGUGAAGAGUUCAAUGUACAACUUCCACUACGAGAGCGCCAUGCCCGUUGUUUGGGACUGGAAGCAGCCUUCAGAAAAGGUCAAUGUGAGGCCCCUCUAGCCAGUACCCAAGUACACCUAAACUCAGUAUUAAUAAUAAUUAUUUUAUUUCUAAGUUCGAAUAACAGACCUUUUACUACUGACUGCGAUAGUCCCGUAUUCGAUUUGUUAAUGCACAGCUGACUAGAGAAUGAACGUACUAUGUAGGUGAAACACGAACUUACUCACCCUUAUUAAUAAAGAAAGAAUAAUGGCGCGAUAAAUUUGGGUCAUUCAUCAACAGCCUAUCCUAGUCCACUGCUGGUCAUAGGCCUCUCCAAAUGCACGCCACUCAGAUCGAUUUUGGGCUAUAUUAUAUUUAUUAUAUUAUUAUUCUAAUGGAAUUGGGAAAACGACUUAGUGUAAAUGAACGGAGUCGAGUACGCCGCUUUUCAGCCCGUAUUACACUGUAACUAUUCCUUCGGGGUCCGAAUUCGGGCUAACGACCUAGUGUAAUUGAACCAUAAGCUUGGGUUAGUUACUCCAUCUUUUUCAUGACAAAUGGCUUUUGAGUGAUAUAAACAAAACACGCUAUAACUAGUCUAAGCUUAUUCCUCGUUUAUCAAUGAGGGGGACUGAGUUUAACAAGCGCGAGUAAAUUAAAAUACUUGCCCCAAAAACCUAUUCCAUGAGUAUUAAAAGUAUUUUAGCUUACAAACAAUGCAACUGAAAAAGAAUGUGUACGUGAUGGAAAGAAAAGACAUUGUUUGUCCGCCUUCUUCACUAGAUGAUGCUCUGAACUUAUCUAAAUCGCUUUAUAUAAAAAUAUAUAACGAGCAUCUAAUAUUCAUUAAUUUUGCAAAGUAUUCUGUUCCCAGUAACUUCAUUGAAGAAUUCAUUUUAAUAGACUAAUAUUAGCAAAGUGCCCCAUUUUAUUGCAUUUUAAUAACCAUUUGUAAAUUAUGCAAGAUUUUUAAAUAAUACUUGUAAAUAAUAUUAAUUUUCUAGAAAUAUAAUUAUGAAGACAUAAUAAUCAAUAACGUUAUAUUAAUUCAAAUUAUAUGAAAUAUUUCACAACUUGUUUAUUGCCUUUAAAUUGUUCCUUAAUAUAAUAUCGUAGGCUAGUAGCAAAGGUGACUGUUAUUGAUCCAAAUCAUUUUUCUUUUGGAUAUUGAAUGUCCAAUAUUUAGUUAGUUUUAGGUAGCUAAUCACCACAAUGGAAUGUCCCCCCCCCCCCCCACCCCUUCUUAUGAAAUGUAUUGAUAUAAAGUAUUCAUAGAUUCCUCGUGACAGCUAUUAUUAUGAUGUAUUAAAAGUAAGUUAAAUGUUCGUAUUAAAUUUUCAGUCCCAUCACGUUAUACAUUUUCAUCGUAGCUUUGUAGGAAAGGUUUUCGUUAAAAUACCGCCACGUAUAUCUAAUAAGUAAUUAUAGGUAGCUAGUGACUAAAAUGGAAUGUUGAAUUUCCCCAUUCUACUUACUGUAAAAAUUUAUUUAAAUGAUGUAUUCACAUGUACUCGAGACAGCUAUUGUGUAUAAUAAGUAUUAAAAAUAGUUAAAUGGUAAUAGUAAAUGUUCAUCGCAAUCACGCAUAGAGUAACACGGACGCAUCCUGGAGAUUGGCCAAAUGCAGUUUUCCCCUUUGUCAAAGUAUUUUCCUAAUGAAGGAAAUAUUUCGUGCCCAUUAUAUAAUAUAUUAAUUUAAAAGCUUAUUAGAUCAUUAUUACUGUUGAUUUUGAGUUGAUUUUCUGACCUAGUAAUGAUCCUCAUAAUAAUCAACGACACACGUCGUAAAUUCUAAUAAAAAUGAGUGAUGUUAGCAGUUAUUCGAAGCAAUGUGUUCAUUUGUAGCUUUUUUAUCAGUAAACAAUAAAACAAUGCUCCCAUUUAAAGAAAACUUAUUUAGUAUGCCAUAUCCUGCCGUAACCAGUUCUCAAAAAAUUAUGGUUUGCACAGUCCACGGUACGAGCUUACCUGCACGUGUCGCCAUUAUACGGUGUUCCGUCUUGUUGUACAGUCACGUCUACACAGUAUUGGACUGCGCAGACAAGACGGAGAGUGUAGCCGGGCCACAUGUCUCAUGCAAACGCAAUAAUAUAUUAUAUAAAAGGAGGUGUGCAAGCAGCGUUGCCAGACGUCACGAUUUUGGCGGGACGUCCCGAUUUUUAAAUCAAAAUUUAAUGUCCCGCGCGGGACAGGCUCAAUCCCGCUUUUUGGGAAUAACUCGACCGUGCGUGCAGUGUACUGAGAAAGCGCGGGCGGGUGGCACAGACAAGUGUAGACGCCGCCUGCCCGGCGCGUAAUGAAGAUAAAUGUUCAAUAACUUUUGAUUAUAUACGUUUUUUUACUAUGCCCCGCAUUCGACGAAAGAAUCCCACUUUUUUCACUCAAAAAGCUCCUAAAUCCCGACUUGGCAAAAAAAAACUGGCAACGCCAGUGCAAGAUAAAUUGGGCGGUGUAUAAUGUAGAUGUUUGUGUUAGUGUUGUAAUGACAGUUUUGUAUUUUUAGAUGGUAUGUAUGCAGAACAGCGCUUAUGUGCUUGUCUAGAACGAUUUGAUACUUCCUUCCAGGUUGCGUCCGUAUUGCAUUAUGUCAUAACCUUAUACAUUUUAUGAAUCAAAAAAGUGAUGCGAUAUAAAUAAGGAAUAUAUAUAUUUGGACGUAUUUAUGGCAAUAAUUCAUAAUGCAUGUUAGCGUUUUAAAUUGUAGUACAUUAUCGUGCAAAUAGUGAGUAGUGAAGCAAUUUAAUAGUAUACUGAUGUGAGUAAUGUUAAAUUAUUUUGUUUUCCAAACCUCAAUAAUUAAAAAUACGGUGGCCUUUGUGAUGCGUUCAUUUAUCUCCUCACUCGAUGUUAAAUGCACACAAUUGUCUUAAAUGUUCGUAUUCGUAAUAACUUUGUGUAACGGUGUGUGAUAUUGAUUAUUAUUCAACGUAGUAUUUUUAUUUGCAUGUGUUUAUAAUAGUUAUGCACAAUAGACCCACAUUCAUGAAUUUGUACGAUAAGGAAACUAUUUAUAAAGAAAACGGUGAAGGCGGUGGAAACGGUCAGUCAACCAUUUGACGGUCAAAUUUAUGUAUUGCAGCGUACCAGCAAGUUUUCUAACCGUCAUAUACGAAUUUUAAAAUGUUAAAGUACCUACUUCUAUUUGUGUUUAAAAUACUAAUUUAUUUUUAAAAGUAAUAUCUUAAAAGUUGCCAGUACGUUUUACGGAUCAAGUUAGCAUAGCUGCAUCCAACAGGGCUAUUUAGCAGAAGUUCUGAAGAUGCUUUCGAUUGAUUAUAAGAUAUUUUAGUUAACUUUUUGAGUUUGAUAAAAGUAAAUGCUGUCAUUUUCUUGGAUAACGCAAUAGAAUAAGACAACACGCCCCUUGGACAAGCAUUAAUUUUAAUUUAAUCGUUUGAGUACAUCCGAUAAUCAUGCCCUUUUAAAAUUAUUUUAUCUGUUGCGACAUUAUGGUUGGCAUGAUUUAUGUAUUGGUAUUAUUAUAAUUUAGCAAGUUCUUUGUUUUGACGACCGUGUUAUUUUAUGUACGCACGUAAAAGUAUCCUUAAGUAAUCAACGGAACUCUAGUCACUGCAGCAUUAAAUUAAAUCAUUGUAGUAUUAUAUGCAACCAUCUUCUUAUGCAUUCUUUAUUAUACAUACAUUUAUAGACCAAAUAAGGUGAAAAGGUAAUGAAAGACAUUUAGAUUAUAAAGAAAAUAUGAUAAAUUGAAAUCGUUGUGCCACUUUUACUACAGAUUAAAUGGCUAUCUUUUAAUAGUAUUAAAAUAUUUGCAAUUUGGCUCGGUUUUGAUUACAAUCAAUAUUUUUAGUACAGUAGCUUGUCAUUUAAUUCAAAAUCUAGUCGGUAUUCUUGAGAAUUUUUUUCUAUAUGUAUUCACAUUAUACAGUCACGAGAAAUCUGAAAUAAAACUAAGACUAGAUUGAUGUGGUUGUGUUUAUAGAAAAUAUUUGAAUAUAUAAAAUUUAUAUUCAUAACAAUAAUUGUUUU